UAAUAAUCCAGAAAUUGCAAUAGAAAAGAAAAAGGGAGGUUUGUGAUGAUUUUGAAAUCUUUUCUACUAGGUAAUCUAGUAUCCUUAUGCAUGAAGAUAAUCAAUUCGGUCGUUGUGGUCGGACUCUAUUAUGGAUUUCUGACCACAUUCUCCAUAGGACCCUCCUAUUUCUUCCUUCUCCGAGCUCACAUUAUGGAAGAAGGAGAAGAAGGAACCGAGAAGAGGGUAUCAGCAACAACUGGUUUUAUUACGGGACAGCUCAUAAUGUUCAUAUCGAUCUAUUAUGCGCCUCUGCAUCUAGCACUGGGUAGACCUCAUACAAUAACUGUCCUAGCUCUACCGUAUCUUUUGUUUCAUUUCUUCUGCAAUAAUCACAAACACUUCUUUGAUUAUGGAUCUACUACCAGAAAUUCAAUGCGUAAUCUCAGCAUUCAAUGUGUAUUCCUGAAUAAUCUCAUUUUUCAAUUAUUCAAUCAUUUCAUUUUACCAAGUUCAAUGUUAGCGAGAUUAGUCAACAUUUUUAUGUUUCGAUGCAACAGCAAGAUGCUAUUUGUAACAAGUAGUUUUGUUGGUUGGAUAAUUGGUCACAUUUUAUUCAUGAAAUGGAUUGGAUUGCUAUUUGUUUGGAUACGGCAAAAUCGAUAUAUUCGUAAGUACGUUCGAUCUAAUAAAUACCUUGUGUCAGAAUUGAAAAAUUCUAUGUCUAUGGCUGGUAUCUUUAGUUUUUUCUUAUUCCUUACCUGUGUCUACUAUUUAGGCAGAAUACCAUCACCCAUUUUUGGUAAGAAACUGAACAAACUCGACAAAAUGGAAGAAGAAGAAGAAUUUGAUAACAAUAGACCGGUUGAUUAUAUAUAUGGGAAUCAAGAAAAUUUGAAGUUCAAAAUACUUGAAAAAAAAAAAAAAGAUGAAGAAAAAUCCUUUUUUUUGUUUGAAAAACCUCUUUUGACCUUUUUUUUCGAUUAUAACCGAUGGAAUCGUCCAUUACGAUACAUAAGAAAGAGAAAUAAAAAUUUUAAAGGCUCCGUAAGAAGAGAAGCCUCACAAUAUUUUUUUUAUACAUGCCAAAGUGAUGGAAAAGCAAGAAUAUCUUUUACAUAUCCCCCCAGUUUGUCAACUUUUGGGGAAAUGAUAGCAAGAAGGAUUUCGUUGUCUACAUUAGAAAAACUCUCCGCUGAUGAAUUAUAUAACGAGUGGCUUUAUACUAAUAAAGAGAAAAAUAACAACUUAAAUAAUGAAUUUAUAAAUAGAAUUGAGACUUUAGAGACAGUUUUUCUUUCUCUAAAUAUACUUGAAACAAAAACUAGAUUGUAUAAUGCUGAUACUAAAAACAAAAAAAAUUUCCUAGUAAAAUUAUGUAAUACUGAGCCUAAAAACAAAAAUUGCCUAGUUAAAAUGUAUGAUCCCUUUUUAAAUGGGAUGUAUCGUGGAAGAAUGAAGAAAAUUUUUUCUUCUUCAAUCAUAAACGAAACUUCGAUAGAAAAUUGCACAGAAACAUCUGAACUAAAUAAAAUUCAUGAUAUCCUUCUUCCCUAUCCUAAUUCUCCAGAAUAUGAACAGAAAAUCGAAAGAGCAGAAAAAAAACAAGUAAAAAUAGAUUCAAAUAAUAGGUUAAAGUUUUCAUUGAACGCAAUUCUAACUAACCCUAAACGUGAAAAAGAAUCUAUUGGAAUAAACAAAAUAGGUAAAAAACCCCCUCGAUGGUCAUACAAAUUAAUCAAUGAGUUGGAACAACAUUUUAAAAAACGACGAAAAGAACAAGGCAUAAUGCAAGGGCUGGAGCACCAGCUUCGAACAAGAAGAUUUAAACGUAUAGCUUUUUUAACUCGUUCCAGACGAAGUUUUAAGAAGUCUAAUUUCAAGAAUUAUAAUCUUUAUAGCAAAUUUAAUAGAGAUUCGGGUUUUAUAAGUUAUUUAGAAGAACCGGAUUUUCGUCGAGCCGUAAUAAAAGGAUCUAUGCGCGUUCAAAGGCGUAAAAUGGUUAUUUGGGGACCCUCUCAAGGAAAUCCCCAUUCCCCCCUUUUUUUGGAAAAAAUGGAAGAUUUUCCUUUUCCUAUAUCCAACCUAAUGAAACUUUUUUGUAAUAUUAGAGAUUGGUUGGGUAAAAAGUCAGAAUUCGAAAUUUUAGAUCAACAGUUCCAAAUAAAAAAAAAUAAUCAGGAAGAUGCAAUGGAAUUCUGGGAUAACAUUCCAUAUGCACAAAAAACAAGAAGUGUUAUGUUACUAGGUCAAUCAAUUUUUAGAAGAUAUAUUAAAUUACCCUUAUUCAUAAUAGUUAAGAAUAUUGGCCGUAUUUUAUUACGGCAAUCUCCGGAAUGGUAUGAAGAUUUCCAAGAUUGGAAUAGAGAAAUUUAUCUAAAGUGCAGCUAUAAUGGUCUUCAAUUCUCCAAAACGGAAUUUCCCAAAAAUUGGUUAAGAGAAGGUUUUCAGAUCAAAAUCCUAUAUCCUUUUCAUUUGAAACCUUGGCACAGAUCUAAACUACGACUCUCUGAUAGCGAUCGAAAGCAAGAGGAGGAUUUUGAUUCUUGUUUUUUAACAGUUUUGGGAAUGGAAACAGAAUAUCCUUUUGGGCCUCCCCGAAAAACACCUUCCUUUUUUGAACCUAUUUUUAAAGAUGUAGACUAUAAAGUCGAAAUCAGAAAAUUCAAUUUUAGAGUUCGAAGAGUUUUAAAAAAAAUAACAAAGAAACAAACAAAAGCUGUUUUAUUUGUAAAACAACUACUUUUAAAAGGAACAAAAAUUCCAUUAUUUAUACCGGGAGAAAUAUAUGAAUCAAGUCAAACUCAAACAGAAAAUGAUUCUAUAAUCAGCAAAAAGAUAAUUCAUGAAUCACUUAGUCAAAAUCGAGCUACAUGGACAAAUUAUUUACAGGCAAAAGAAGAAAUGGAACAUAGAAUUGAUAGAAGAAACACAAUCAGAAAUCAAAUAGAAAUAAUGAAAAAAAAUAAAAAGAAUAAUGGAGAAUCACCCCCAAAAAUUUGGAAACUAUUAAAAAGAAAAAAUAUUGAAUUAUUAAUUCAAUUUUGCAUUGAAAAAAUAUACAUUGAUAUCUUUCUAUGUAUCAUUAAUAUGCGCAGAACCACUCUAUACCUUUUUAUGGAAUCAACAAAAAAAAUUGUUGAGAAACACAUUGACAAUAAUAAAAGAAAUCAAGAUCAAGAAAGGAUUAAGAAAACAAAACAAAAUAAAAUUGACCUUAUUUCGCCUAUGACUAUAAAAAAGAUAUUUGAUAAUCUUAGAAAUAGUAAGCGAAAGUCACAUAUUUUUUUUGAUUUAUCUUACUUGUCACAAAAAUAUGUAUUUUUUAAAUUAUCACAAACCCAAGCAAUUAACUUCAAUAAGGUAAGAUCUAUUCUUCAAUAUAAUGGACCAUCUUUUUUUCUUAAGAAUGAAAUAAAGGAUUUUUUUGGAAAACAAGGAAUAUUUGAUUCCGAAAUAAGACAUAAGAAACUUCCAAAUUAUGGAAUGAAUCCGUGGAAAAACUGGUUAAGAGGUCAUUAUCAAUACGAUUUAUCUCAGAUUACAUGGUCUACAUUAGUCCCCCAAAAAUGGCGAAAUGGGAUAAAUACCUCUCAAAAUAAUGAUUUAAAGAAAUGGUAUUCCUAUGAAAAGGACCCUUUUUUUGAUUUCAAAAAAAAACAAAAUUUGAAAAUCUAUUUAUUAUCAAAUAAAGAGGAUAAUUUUGAAAAAAACUAUAGAUAUGAUCUUUUAUCAUAUAAAUAUAUUCAUUCUGAAACUAAGAAAAAAUCCUGUAUUUAUAGAACAUCAUUAGAAAGAAAUAAAAAGAAAAAGCAGGAAAAUUCCACCAGAAAAAUUUUUAACAUACUCAAGAAUAUUCCUAUAAAGAAUUAUCUAGGAAAAAGUGAUAUUAUAUAUAUGGAAAAAAAUACGGAUAGAAAAUAUUUGGGGUGGAAAUUUAAUACAAAAAUUCAGGUUGAACCUAAUAAGGACCAAAUAAAGGAUCAAUUUCAUAUUUUUUAUCUUCCAAUUGAUUCAAAUUGCGAAAUAAAUUACAAAAAGGUCUUUUUUUAUUGGAUGGAAAUGUCUUUUGAUUGGAUGGGAAUGAAUGAAAAAUUCUUAAUUUUAAAUCACCUCAUAUCAAAUCCGAAAGUUUUUUUCUUUCCAGAGUUUGUGAUACUAUAUCAUAAAUAUAAAGAGAAACCUUGGUUUAUCCCAAGCAACUUACUCUUUUUUAAUUUGAAUAUAAAACCAAAUUUUAGUGAAAAUCAAAAUAGCAAGGCAAAGCAAGAGCAGGAUGAUAAUUUUUUAAAUUUUAGCCCAGCAAAUUCAAAACAAUAUUUUGAAUUAAAGAAGCAAAACAAUAUUGACGAAUCUUUUUUAGAAUCGAUUGAAAAACUAAAAAUACUCUUUAAAGGAGAUUUUCCUUUGCAGUUAAGAUGGACUGGACGUUUGAAUCAAUUGAACCAAAAAAUGAUGAAUAAUAUCCAGAUAUAUGGUCUUCUGGUUAGCCUCAUAAAUGUAAGAAAAAUUACUAUAUCCUAUAUUCAAAGAAAAGAAAUUAAUCUGGAUAUAAUGAGGAGGCGUUUAAAUCUUACACAAUUAACGAAAAAGGGAAUAUUAAUUAUGGAACCUGCCCGUCUAUCUAUAAAAAAUGAUGGACAGUUUUUUAUGUAUCAAAUAAUAGGUAUUUCAUUGGUUCAUAAAAGUAAGCACCAAAGUAACCGAAACCCCAAAAAUGUUGCUAAGAAAAAUUUUGAUGAAUCCAUUUCAAGACAUAAAAUAAAAACUCUAAAUAGAGACAAAAAGACUUCUGAUUUGCUUGUUCCUGAAAAGAUUUUAUCGUCUAAACGUCGUAGAGAAUUGAGAAUUCUAAUUUCUUUCAAUUUGAAUUUAAAGAAUCAGAAGGGUGUGCAUAAAAAUAAAUUAUUUUGCAAAGAGAACAGACUAAAAAACUGGAGUCAAUUUUUAGAUGAAAGUAAAAAUAUCCACAGAAAAAAAAAUGAAUUAAUUAAAUUAAAGUUCUUUUUUUGGCCCAAUUAUCGAUUAGAAGAUUUAGCUUGUAUGAAUCGCUAUUGGUUUGAUACCAAUAAUGGGAGCCGUUUGAGUAUGUUAAGGAUAUCUAUGUAUCCCUGAUUUAAUUUUUGAGUUUUCUAUAUAUUCUGGUGUUCUAUUCUAUCAAUCAUCUUUUUCUUUUUUCUUCUGUCGAGGAUCUAUAAAUAUCCCUGUUAUAUGCAAGCAACCUGAUACAUAUAUUCGCUGUCUUACAUCCCAGUCUAGGAUACUCCAAUAAUAAGGAAAUGGCGUAUCCAUCAAUUAAA